AUGGAUGCGCGAAACAUCACAUUUCAGCGGCUCAAGCCGAGCUGCGUAGCGCUCAGUCAAGCAGCUCUAUAUUUUGCAUCGGGCCGGAAUACUGCAAAGGACGUCACCCGAGCUCUCGAAGAGCUGCACCUUACGCUCGACCGAACAAUUAGAGAUGGUUGCGUGUUCGAUGGAAAGCUUGCCGAUUAUACCUUUUUUCCGCUCUCCCACGUCCUUCGAGAAAGUCAGAAGCUUCCGAAACGCGCUCUCGAACUAGCGUUACUAUGCCUCACUAUCUUGAUACAACAUGGAUGGAAAUCGAAUAUGGAGCUUGGUCUAGCCAAGCAGCUUCUCAUCCUACUGAGCUUUCUCGCCGGAGGUAAUCCUUCAGUGACGAAGACGGACUUGCCGUCAGAGGAGAUGCAGAGAGCAGCGUUUGACUGUCUCGGUAGUUUGUUCCAGGCCCUAGGGAAAUCUGCGUCUGGCAAACGGCUGAUUACUGAUACGGAAAUGGUCCCCGCUCUUGGACAUACUGUAACGGUGUUGCUGGAGGGUGCAGAGGGUGGCACAUCAGUUGAUGUUCAACUAAGCGCUCUAAAUGCGCUGGAUAGCCUUGAGAUGUGCAUUUCUGAUCGCGAAGCGCUGGCCAAUUUCUUCCCAGGGAUUGUCUCGUCUGUAACUAAAGUCUUGAACCCUACAACACAGAUGAGGAGGCACUACAAGGUUCUACAGAAUUCUUUGGAUAUUCUCUCCAGAAUUCUCUUGGCAGUGGUAGGAGAUGUUCAUAAUCGAACCAUUAUAGCCCAGAUGAACUCCCCGGAGGCAGUGCAUGCAACAGGAAACCAAAAGUCUCAACUCACGGCAUCAUGGCUUAAAGCAACAGCUGCACAAGUCAAAAUGGCAUUAUCAAACGUCAUCCGUCUGCGAAAUCACGAGAGAGCAGAAGUGCGCGAUUCUCUGCGAAAUCUUUGUCUCACGGUCAUCGAACAAUGUCGGAAGUCAUUGUCAGAAUCGGCGUCUAUGAUGAUGGAGACUCUUGUCACACUGGCUGGAAAGCAAGACGAGACUGACGCCUCUACCACUGCUGUUGCUGUCAAGCACGUAGCCUCGGCGGAUGCUUCUGUCAAGGAUAUGAUGAGGUCGAGCCUGCACAGCUGGGCCAUUACUUUGCCUCGCAUAAUGUCGUCCAAUGAUGACAAUGCCAAGCGGCGAGUAAUUGGCCAAAUAUCAACAACAUUUCGUAUUCUUUCCGAGCUUGGGACAGAAUCAAGCAUAGUCGACAAUACCCUAGCUUCAAAUCUUCGGGACAGCAUUUCUGCUGCUAUACAUAUCUCUCCCACCGUUGCGGCCAGCGCGGCGGAUGUCUCUGCUCCCUCGGUGUCGCUUGUAUCCACCGAAAGUUUGCAGCGGAAUAAAAUAUUUCAGCCAGUUUUGAUGGGCCAGCGCGGCCAGCGGGAAACACUAACGGAACUCCAAUCAUUAGUUAGCCAGAUCUCGACGUCCGAGUCGGCUCUCACCAUUGCCGAGGAUAUGCUCAACCACAUGUACAGCAGCUCUGGCGAUGAACUCCUAUCAAGCUUCUGGCUGUCUCUUGAGAUCCUUCGAAACUCUGCAUCUGGCGGUCUUGCCUUGGAAGACUUUAUAGAUUUUGGGCCUUCAUCUAGUGUCAACUCCCGGACAUCCCUCAUCGAAGAACUCUACUCGUAUUCGCUGUCUUGUUUGACAGACACUUCUGUCGAAAACGAACCAGACUGGAGACUUCAGGCACUCGCCGUGGAAAGCGUGGCUCUCCAAGCCGGCCAAAUGAAGAAGGAAUUCCGCGUUGAGCUUGUCGAUGCUUUAUACCCUCUCGUGCAUCUAAUUGGAUCUUCAAAUUCAGCUCUUCGAGAGCACGCCAUCGCCUGUCUCGACAUGGUUGCAGAAGCCUGCGAAUAUCACGACGCCAGCGACCUCCUCAUUUCCAACGUUGACUACCUCGUCAACGCGAUCGCACUGAAACUCAAUACAUUCGACAUCUCCCCGCAAGCACCCCGAGUUCUUCUCAUGAUGAUCAAACUCUCUGGCCCUUCUCUCAUACCAUAUCUCGACGACCUCGUCGACUCCAUUUUCGCCGCGCUCGACUGUUUCCACGGUUACCCCAAGCUCGUCGAGCUACUCUUCAACGUUCUCAUUGCCAUUGUAGAAGAAGGCUCAAAAUCAGAUAUUCUGACUAUUGAAUCUGGAAUCGAGCUUGACCAAGCCCUAGGAAGCGUCAGAAAACACUGGAGACCACGUAGUAUUACCGAAGUUGCUACUCAACUACGGGAAGCCAAAGCGAAAAGGCUCCAGACUGGAACCUCUAAUCUCGCCGACGACGUCGACGACACUCUUCCUGACAAACUCCCUCGCCGACCCUGGAAAGACUUAUCCGAACGGCCCGCGGUCGAAGAAAUCACUUCUGACGAUGAUGACGACGACGAAGACGACCUCGAAAAGCUCCUCAAACAAUACCCUUCAGAACCUGAACCACCAUCCUCCCCCUCAACCUUGGCCACCGCAGACGCCUCCUCCUCAAAGCAAGAACCCUCUCCGCAGGCAGCCGCCGCUGCACGUAGAGCCGACAAAACCAUAUCACUUCUCACAUCCAUCACGCGCCUUACACAGCACUACCUCACACAACCUGGCUCGACUUUCCGCGCUUCCCUCCUCCACCUCAUAAGCAUCUCCUCCAAGGCACUCGCCAAAGCAUCCGCCAUCGCCGCCGCGAACCCGCCUCCCAGCGACGCCGACAAUGCAGAUACCCAACAGGACAUCUUCCUCCCCCUGAUCAAUGACAUCUGGCCACCGCUUAUCAAGCGUCUUUUUGAUAAAGAACCCUUUGUCACAGAAGCCGCCGCAAAGGCUAUCACCCAGCUGUGCGAGACCGCAGGCGAUUUCCUCGCUGGCAGGAUCGUUGACGAAUGGGCCAAUAUCGCAAAACUCUGUCGUCGCUUUGCGCCGGACAUGCCCACAUCAAUCUCAAUCUCGUCUUCAUCAUCGUCUUCAUCAUCGCCUUCGUCAUCGUUAUCGUCAUCUCUAUCCAUUCCCAAUUCUGAGUCUUCUACCUUUUCACCGCCUCUACGUAGUCCUUCUACGAACGUCCACUCUUCCUCGAUAACUACACCCGACCCCAUUGUCGCACCACAACCACAACCACAGCCACUGCAAUCUCCAGCCCAGCAAGCCACAAAUAACAGCAAGUCCAUCAAUCCAAUGCCGACGCAGCCCGCGCAGCCCACGCAGCCCACGCAGACUUCUACGAUCUUGACUAUCCGGCCCAAACCCUCUCCGGUCUCCAAACGGCCACAGCACUCCUCGGCGGCGGCAGCAGCACAACGACGGGCCGAAAAAGCAAACAACACCCGCGUGUGGAAAGCACUGCGAUCCUUGCUCCUCCGCAUCGUCGACCGCGUGCAUCCCGCCGAAGAAGUCUGCGAGGAGAUUCUCGACCUGCUCACGCCGGACUUGUUGCUCUCGCUUUCUGUUUCUUUUUCUGGUUCUGGUUCUGGUUCUGGUUCCGUUUCUGUUUCUGCAACAGACCCGACGCAAACGCAGACGCGGACAACUGGACAAACGCGAGCACCUGGACAAAGAGCUGCCGACUACGACGACCAGGACGAAAAGACAGUUCGAGAGCAAGUCAGAAGUGUCCUGGAGAGAUGGAACCCGGACGCAGUGUGGUUACAGUUGGAAAGCUACACGAAUGGGAAGUUUAGCGGGGUGGCGGUGGCGGUGGCGGAGGAGAAGGAGAAGAAGCAAGGCCCUGUUCUAGACGCGGUCACGUUUCGUCCGUUGGUGUUUUAG